AACUGCCAGGCGAUAAACUGUAGGAGGAAGAGGAGCCAAAGGUCUCAUUUAGACAUCAGUAAAGCAGAAGGUUCUCCAUGAAUGUCGUUCGACAUGGGGGGGAUCACAGGAAGUAUUUUGUUGUGCCUACUUUGUCUUAUCAGCUUAGCUAAUGCAAAUAUUGGUCCCUCUUUCGGUGAUCCGUUUUUUGAAGUGUGUGAAGACACCCCCAUAGGUGAGCUUGCGUUUACUAUACGCGCAUCAGACCCAGAGGGUGACCCACUGACCUUUACACUCAGCGGGCCCGAUGCUGGAUACUUUAGGGUCAACCAAAACACUGGGCAAGUUUAUGUCCGUAGGACUCUGGAUAGAGAGAGCGGUACUGUACUCAAGCCAGUCGCCACUGUCUCUGACGGUUUCACUUCGCGAGAACAGGAAUUAUCAAUAGUAUUAAAUGACGCCAACGACAACAAACCCAUAUUUCAGCAGGCUUCAUACGAUUUUUCGUACCCAGAAAAUACUCCCGUCGGUACAUCUCUGUUUAAGGUGCAUGCCACUGAUGCCGACACUUCAAAUGCCGGUGUUGUUCAAUACAGAAUUGACAGUGUUACUCCAGAGGCUGGAGUGAGUUUGUUUAGCAUCGUACCAGCAACUGGUGUAGUCUCAUUAGCUGGGUCUCUGGAUUAUAAUGGACUGAGUGGUUUCUAUCAACUGAAGAUUAUCGCGACUGAUGGUGGUGGCAAAUGUUAUUCUGACAACAUAAUCUCCCAUUCAAGCAUUGUUUUCGGCUUCAUUACGGUUGAGGACAUCCCAGACCUCGACCCUCAGUUUGUCGGUGCUCCCUACGUAGCAAGUGUCAAAGAGGAUGCUGCUGUGGACCAGUCUGUGAUUAGAGUGACCGCUUUAGACCAGGACAAAGGAAUCAAUGAUGCCAUGGUCUACACCAUUGAAGCGUCCACAGUAGAGGGAAACCAAUUCAAAAUCUCCAGGACUGAUGGCAUCAUAUCUGUGGCGUCUCCGUUGGACAGAGAAGCAAUUGGUGACACUGUUACCCUGACUGUAAAGGCAACUGAGUCUCAACCAAACAUAAACGGAGGCCUUGCCAGCACCACAACAGAUGUACAGAUCAACAUCAUCGACGUCAAUGACAACCCCCCACUGUUUUACAAGUGUGAAGGCCCAGAAGACAAGCCCGUCUGUGUGAUCGCGACUCAGUUCACUGGGGAGGUCUUCGAACACACAACAGGGUCUAUUCCCAUCAACAUGAUGGUCAGAGAUCUGGAUAAGACUCGCAGAACUCAGCUUACCCUGCAGGGAGCUGAAAAGGACAUGUUCUCUGUGGAGCCAGCAUCUACCACAUCAGACAGCGUCGUUCAGCUUCUGGUCAAGCAGCCCGAUAAACUGGAUUUCGAAAAAAUACAGCAAACGGUUCUGCAAGUGAUUGCAACAGAUGAAGACAAACCCACCUUCAGUACCACUGCUACGGUUACUAUUACCAUCAAGGACGCCAAUGACAACAGCCCCACGUUCCCACAGGACACGUAUAAGUUGACGGUGGCUGAGCACUCUCCUGCUGGGACAACAAUAGCAACCAUUGUUGCAGAGGACCCUGACACAAUGGAUCAAGACCAGAUCACCUAUAAACUUCUACCGGAGAGCAUACAUCUGUAUUUCGACGUUGAGCCAACCACGGGUGCAGUUUAUGUGAAAAAUGAAACCCUGUUGGAUCGUGAAGUCAGAUCUCUGUAUUCAGCAACUCUGCAGGCCAGAGACACAGGAGGCAAGCCCGGCACCACGGUGCUGGAGAUCACUUUGACUGACAUCAACGACCAGGCUCCAGUAUUCAACAGAGAGUCUUACCUGGAGUUUGUUCCAGAGGAUGGACAGUUUGAACUUCAGAUCACGGCCACUGAUGCAGAUGAGACGGAUUCGGCAAACAGUCAAAUUGUGUAUGGAAUCAAGCCGAGCGAAUACAGCAGCAACUUCACCAUCAACCCUGACACUGGUGUGCUAAGAAACCAAGGUACACUUGAUCGUGAGGCCUUAAAUCCAGACCUGGAUGGGAGGAUCGAGCUCAUCGUAACUGCUACUGACAAGGGUUCUCCCCCAUUGUCCAGCACUGUCCCAGUUAUCAUCAAUGUCGAGGAUGUCAAUGACAAUGUACCAGAAUUUGAAGCCUCCUUUUACACUUUCUCAGUCCAAGAAGGAGUAAAAGGUGCAAAAGUUGGAUCGGUUUAUGCCAGGGAUAUGGACCAAACGGUAGACUUCAACCGCAUUUCAUUCAGCAUUAAUGGAGGCUUUGGCAGCUUCAUCAUUCGCUCCUCUGCAGUUAAGCAGGGUUACAAGGGAGAAAUCUCUGUGGACCCAGACAUUGAGCUUGACUACGAGGGCAGCCGCAAGCAUUACACGCUACAGGUUGAGGCAGCAGAUCUGGAGGGCGAGACAGCUUCAGUGACGGUGGAGGUGAAAGUGGUGGAUGUGAAUGACGAGAGGCCCGAGUUCGUGCCAACUGGGCCUUUUACAGUGAAGGAGAACACAACCAUCGCUGGGUCUGUCGGGUACUUUGAAGCAAAAGACAAGGACGGGAAUAAUUCCCUGAUCUAUGAGCUAGAAUCCAUGACGUGCAAAUGCAACGACUCUUGGACACCCUGCAGCAGCUUCAUCCUAGAGCCAACGGGGGAAAUCAUAGUCAACCCAGCGAAAGAGCUGGAUUAUGAACAAUGUGACCAAGUGCUGAUAGAGGCUCAGGUGGUCGACAAGUUUACAGAGAAGGGAUGGAACAACAGUGCCACGACAGGAGAAGUAGUGAUCAACAUCGAAGACGUCAACGACAACGCGCCAGAAUUCAUUCACACAAAAUCCACGUUUGUUGUGGUGUCAGAAAGUGCAAGUUUGGGGACACAGGUCGCAGAAGUCACUGCUACGGACCGUGACUCUGGAAAAAAUGGGGAGAUUAAUUUCAAAGUAACAUUGGUUAGAUUUGUAGACCUCAAUAAUGUAACAUCUGACAAGAAGCUGCUGUUCACUGCCGUCACCACGCAGCGGCAGGACAUCUACGUUGGACUUAUUCAAACUACAGAGCCACUUGAUUUGACACUGCAAGGGAAAUAUCUGGUAACAGUCACUGCAACUGACACCGGCGGCCUCUCCGCCCAUACCGUGCUGGAAAUUCUCACGGUUGAUCAGUCAUAUAAGGUUGAACUUGAAUUUACGACUUCAGAGGCCGAGGUUGAGCGGGACCGUGAUGAAAUCGUCAGGGCUCUCACAGCUGCCACCAGCGCUGCCGUUCAAAUUAUUACAAUCAGGUCGAACAGUGCUCCAGAAUCGAGGGCUGAAGGUAACACUAUUGUAGAGGCAUACUUCAUCUACCCCAACGGGACGGCUCUCGACUCUGCAGAAGUGGAGAAGAAGCUCUCUUCACCCCAGCAUUACCUCGUACUGGGACAGCUCGGCCUCAUGAACAUCGGGAAGGCUCCUGAGCCUGAAAAAGAACUGGACUCCAUGAAGUUCAUCCUGCUGGGCAUGGUGGCAGGCCUCAUCAUUGUGCUGGCUGUCCUCACCACCUCCCUGAUGUGCACUCGCAGGAACUUCAAGAGGAAGCUGAAGGCAGCUAAAGCCAUGAACUCUGCAUCCAUGGUGACUUAUGACAACCAGAAAAGUGGCCCCGUGGUGCCUGGAACCAACAAAUACACCAUGGAGGGGGCCAAUCCUGUCCUCAACCUCAACAUCGACACAACCAUGAUCUUGGACAUGGACGAGGAGAGCUCGGACGUGGACAAAGUCAGCCUCAACUCCCUGGAGUACAACGAAGACAUGGACAGGGAAACGACAAAUGGCAUGCACGUGAUCAUGGAGGAGGAGGGCGAUGACGGGGAACCGCCAGAAUACAUUGAGCCUCUGGGUGCAGCGCUGGCUCAGCUGGGCCAGAAGAAAGGCUCCAACAAAGCUCAGAGGGGUUAUACUAACCCUGCGUUCAACACUACAGACCUGUGAUGGAUGUGUAGAAGAGAGACCUCAGACGGACACAUGUUGCUAUCAGGCCCACCAAAUAUUGAUGGCACUGUUUGACGUCUUCAAGAAUCCUUUACUUCUCACUGAUGGUAAUUUAUUAUUGAUGGUAUGUGCACGAUUCAUUCAGCUGAUCAUGUGACACUGAAACUAUACAUAAUGCUCAUAUGGAAAAUAUGCUUUGUUGCUCUCUUCAGUUAGAUGAGAAGAUUUAUGUGCGUCUAAAAAUGAAGCUACAUUAGCAUCAAGAUUGCAAACACAGCUAACAGCUAUAAUCUGUACAAACAUAUCAAACUUUGGACCGACCCUGAUUUGCUGUUUCCUCCAUUUCCUGUGUUUAUGCUAAGUUAAUUCUAGUAAUAGUCUGCUAUUUCCUGAUGAGCAGUUAAACAGCUGUUCAUUUCUUGAUACAUUUAAAAGAAACUUCCUCAAUAGUUUCUGCCUAGCUUCUGCUGAUCAUUCCAACUUAACUUCCAUCUAGUUUCUGUCUAUUUUCCCCUCAGCAGGCCAACUGGUUGGAAAUGAAUUUGGAAUAAUUAGCAAAAGUUAAGCAAAAACUACUUGGAAGUUUCCUGGGAAUGUAUGAACGAAAUCACCAGCUUUUCAUUAACUUCUUUUUGGAAAAUAUAUUAUUAUUAUUAUUAUUAUUAUUAUUAACACUGGGGUCAUUUUCAAUAAAGUCUUUUAAUUACUGUCGUAACUUUGGGUUAUUUCAAAGAUACAUCAAAUAUGCUGCUUGGUAAUCACCAUGAAAGUUUUAGUCUGUAAAUCUUUUCAUCAAACUCCCAACAAGAAAGCUGAUAACCUAUUAUAACUCUGGAACUUUUCAUUAAAAAAAAAUGUCUUGAUCUUAUCUAGACAAUGAAAAAUUGAACAGAAAAACAGAAAAAAACAAUUAUUUGUUGCACAUGUCAAUCACUUUAUUUGUGUUAAUAUAUUAAGCAAUUGUUUAAAAACUGUUUGGUUUGCUUUGAAAUAAACUGUAUUAUAAGUUAUGUCAACACUCAAUGAUUAUUUUCUUGUUGCAACGAGAAAGAAAAAAUCCAAAAAGAGUAAAAAGAAUAUUGAAUCAAUGUUGAAGUAUGAAUGAAAGUCUUAUUUAUGACUCUUUAAUCCUAUACAUGUUCUGCUUUUGGGUUUGAGAUACCUGUUGCUGAAAUAAAACCUCAUGCAGGUGAGUUUUGAACUCCCUAAAAAAAGAAGUUUUUAUUCUCUACUGACAUCUAAAUGAAUGUAUAACAAGUGCAAUCUGUGAAUAAAAUCGAUUUCUUCAAA